AGUGAUAUGGGGCAACAAGGGGACAUUGCAGACACAGGUCACUGCACCAUGUACAUUACGUGACACAUGGAUAUAUACGAGCCCAUCAAGGAGUUACAGCUCAGCCGCAGUGUCCUGCUCAGGAGCGGAUCCCGGCGCGGAGGGCGGGAGCGGAGCAUGUCGGGAUUUGUAGUUGCCUGUCUGCCUGCUGCAGCCGAACAGCUCAGGGAAGCGGAGUACUAGCAACCCCAGAGGGAAGCUACUGGGACGCUGGCUCGGGGCUCUGGGUUCCUAUUUACUCAGUAUAACUACUAGAAAAGCAAGAUCUACCGGUUACACCUAGCGUCUAUAUUUAUAUUACCUAUCUAUAGGAUGGCCACAUACGCUGUAGUGUGUGACACUUGGGUACAGACUCAAUUGUCAAACUGGGAUUAACAAAGAGGUUUGUGAUGUUCCUUCCACCUCUAAAAACUUCAACACCGAGCUCCACUGUGUGGACUAUGUUGUUCCAGAUUUCUUAAAUGUAUAGCGUGUGCUAUAACCGCGCACAGAUGAACCUACCUAGUGUCUUUUGGAGAGAAAUAAAGGUCUGACAUUCUCUGCGCUGAAGAUGCCAGCCCGGAACGAGUCAUGUGCCACAGGCCCAUCUCUCACCUAUCUGACCUGCCUCAUGCAGAUGUUUCUGGAUUGGCUCGAAAUGGACAAUAUGGAAGAUUACCUGAACUACCUAGACUACCUCCUGUGGGUCUUCACACCACUAAUAAUAGUAUUCAUACUGCCCUUCUUCAUUGUCAUUUUCCUCUACCUGUCCAUCCUCUUCCUCCAUGUGUACAAGCGCAAAAAUGAGCUGAAAGAAGCAUAUUCAAACAGUAUAUGGGAUGGCGCUCGGAAAACGUUGGCAACACUUUGGGAUGGGCAUGCUACAAUAUGGCAUGGUUAUGAAAUUCAUGGCUUGGAUAAAAUCCCAGAAGAUGGACCUGCACUAAUUGUGUACUAUCAUGGAGCGCUACCUGUAGACUAUUAUUAUUUUGUAGCAAGAGUCAUUCUCCUGAAAGGCAGAACAUGUCACACGGUGGCGGACCACUUUCUUUUUAAAGUACCAGGCUUUAAACCGUUGCUUGAAGUAUUUAGUGUAAUCCAUGGACCAAAGGAAGAGUGUGUGAAAGCUUUGAAGAAUGGCCACUUAUUGGCAAUCUCCCCGGGAGGAGUACGGGAAGCUCUCUUUAGCGAUGAAACUUAUGUUAUAAUGUGGGGAAAUCGGACAGGUUUUGCACAGGUGGCCAUUGAUGCAAAAGUGCCCAUCAUCCCAAUGUUCACCCAAAACAUCCGGGAAGGAUUCCGAUCGAUUGGAUGCUUACGGAUUUUUCGCUGGAUGUAUGAAAAAUUUAAGUUUCCGCUAGUUCCUGUAUACGGGGGUUUUCCAGUAAAAUUUCGGACGUAUCUUGGUGAUCCUAUCCAGUAUGAUACAAAUGUAACAGCCAGCGAACUAGCUGAGAAGACAAAAUAUGCCCUUCAGUCACUGAUAGACAAGCAUCAAAGAAUCCCUGGGAACAUUUUUCGAGCCCUUCUGGAAAGAUUUCACACGACACAUAAAGAAGAUUAAAGUGCAUUAAUAUAUUGGACUGCAUUCUGGAUUUUUCAACAACUGUAAAUUAUAUAGUACCGUUAAACCAUUUUUAUGUAAAAAUGAGGCAAGAGAAGUUUCUACUCAAUGUAACAAACACCUGCAAAUGCUCUGCUUGUCCAGUUAUAUUAUUGAUGUACUCCGUGCUGGCUUCUAGUAAAUGACAGAAAGAUUUAUGUUAUUGUAGAACCAGCGAGCUGUAUAUAAUAAUAUCUGGGUUUAGACCGCAUGAUCAGUUCUGUACAAUGGGACUUUGAACUACCUCUUUUUAGUGAACAGCGAAUGGGCUCUGCGCCCAUCCAGAGCAGGGACUACACUAGUCCAGGGCACAAUGUGGGGGCUUACUAGAACAUAUGAACAGUAUUCCUGCAGCCAUUAUCACCUUAAGAUGCUACAUACAGUAUUUGUAUUAAUAAUUCACAAGCCAUGUUAAUGCCUGUUCAAACGCCUGGAAAUAUUUGUACAAACAGUGAGCUUUUAAUGUCAUUGCUUCUUAUCGAUGAGUUCUGAUGACUUCAUUGAUCAUUCUAAGGAAUAACUCUCCUAUUCUUGUAAAUACAGGUUGAGUAUCCCUUAUCCAAAAUGCUUGGGACCAGAGGUAUUUUGGAUAUCGGAUUUUUCCGUAUUUUGGAAUAAUUGCAUACCAUAAUGAGAUAUCAUGGUGAUGGGACCUAAGUCUAAGCACAGAAUACAUUUAUGUUACAUAUACACCUUAUACACACAGCCUGAAGGUAAUUUUAGCCAAUAUUUUUUAUAACUUUGUGCAUUAAACAAAGUGUGUGUACAUUCACACAAUUCAUUUAUGUUUCAUAUACACCUUAUACACACAGCUUGAAGGUCAUUUAAUACAAUAUUUGUAAUAACUUUGUGUAUUAAACAACGUUUGUGUACAUUGAGUCAUCAAAAAACAAAGGGAUCACUAUCUCACUCUCACUCAAAAAAGUCCGUAUUUCGUAAUAUUCCGUAUUUCGGAAUAUUUGGAUAUGGGAUACUCAACCUGUAAUGAUAUUUAUCAGCAGUAACUUUGGAGAUAUUUGCACAUAAUCUGCAUCUCUGUCGUUAUAUGGUCACAGUAUUACAGAGUGCUAACUUCUUGUCUGCUCACCCCUUUCUCACAGGACUAGAAUACCAGGGGGUAGAUGUACUAGAGCAGGCCUGGCCAAACCGGUCCUCGAGAUCCACCAACAGUUCAUGUUUUCCAGGCCUCCUGGAAAUCUGUAGAAUUGUCAGUUAGGAAUGAAUGCAGCACAUCUUAAUUAGUAAUGACUACACCUGUGCACCAGAUAGGUGGUCUGGAAAAUGUGAACUGUUGGUAGAUCUCGAGGACCGGUUUGGCCAGCCCUGUACUAGAGCUUCCAAACAUGAAUAGUGCUGGUGUUGCCCAUAGCAACCGAUAAGAUUCUCUCUACCAUUUUCUAGGAGCAGUAGAGAAAUGAUAGCUUGAAUCUGAUGGGUUGCUAUAGGCCAAACAACCAUUUUUCAUUUUUAGAAGCUUUAGUAAAUCUGCCCCCAGGAGUGGUGAUAUUGAGGAUGCAGACUGGUCUUUUUCAAUUAUUUGUGACCGAUUCAGAGAUGCUCUUGAAAUGUGGAAUAGGCCAUAUUGAUCAGCAGAUCAUAACCUUAGAUUAAAAAAAGAAAUUCAGACCAGAAAGAUCCUUCUCCAAGAGUUCAUCGGUGGGAUGUAAUGUCGCCCGAGUCCGGCGGCCGCCUGGGAUGCCGGACGACCUCUGACUUUAUUUAAAGGGAUAAUCACUUACAAGACAUAGUUUUGCCUUGUAAGUUAUUGCCCCUUUAAAAAAAUGUCCGCGUUUGGCCUGCCAGCAUCCCACACGGCCGCCGGACUCAGGCGGCAUUACAUCCCGCCGCAGAUGUCUGUGGCGGUAAAGUUGCAGAAAUGGUUAGGAACAUAGGUAGUCAUUCCGAGUUGAUCGCAGCCAGCAACUUUUUGCUGCUGUUGCGAUCAACUAGCACACGCCUAUGGGGGAGUGUAUUUUAGCUUAGUAGGGCUGCGAUCGCAUGUGCAGCCCUGCUAAGCUAAAAAAAAUUACAAGUAAAACAAGACUAGGCCUAUACCUACUUACCCUAUGUGAUGGAUCCAGCGAUGAUGGGCUCGGCUUUGACGUCACUCCUUCGCCCUCCGUUCUCCUGGACACGCCUGCGUUUUACUCGCCACUACCCGAAAACCUGUCGCCGGGCAACGUCGCGCACGUGCCCUGCAUCCGCCUUGCAUGCGCAUUCCGCACCCGUUCGCACCACAGCGAUAAACCGCUGCAUGAGAACGGAUCGGAAUGACCCCCAUAGUGCUCCCACGGAUGAGCAGCUUUGUGAGGAAGUUGAACAGAAAUGGUGAGGACUCCAAAAGCACUUUGGGGGCCACGAUAAUUGCUGGACCUGUUAAUAAAUAGGAUUCUGUUGUGUCGUGUCCUGUCCUUUCUCCUGGAAGUUGACUCCUUAAUCACCUGCUGCAAUUAGUACCCAAAAGGAAAUCUCAAAGGUAAAUUCACAACAGGUUCCAAUCUUUGAUAGUGCAAAUAAUGGGAAGACAAGGAAGGUGUAGAUGGCUAAUUGGUGGGAAGCAGGAUUGCUGCUAUAAUGAUCAUAAGGUAAGGAUCAGACAUGUAUGAAGGACCAUACAGACUCUCGGAUAUGCUAGGGAUGGUAUCUGUGGUUACCAGACUCUCCUAUGUUUCGCUGGUGUCUGUAAUUGUUGAACAUUAUAUUAUACUGUAUAUGUUUAUCAUGACAUAUCAUAACUACUGUAUUUGAAGGCAGAGUGAUUCAUUUUUUUUUCCAGUUUGGCCGUAACAUUAAUGCAAAUGGACAUUCAGAUAUGUUGUGCUGCAGUUUUGCGUUAUGGUUUGGUUUUAUUGCGUUAAAGCAUAAUUAAUAUACAUAUGUUUAGUAAUGAAUACAGACAGCCUGGGUUUAGCUGCGUAAAACAGCUAAAACCAACCAAAGUGCUGGGCACAAUGUGGAAAGUUCCGUUUGUGCGGCCAAAUGGGUCACUUUUCACUCCUUUCAGAUCACCAGCAUGGGGGACUGCGAGCUGAAAUGUCGGCACCGUCAGCUGUUCAUGGCCAAACAGAGCAACAAUUGAAUUGCUCCAUUGGGCACCAUCUGGUGGCUGCCGGGACGUAAAAAAUUAAAUUCUGCUCUUUAAGCAAAGAUCCUCGGAUACAUGUUGACAAUACUAUACUAAAGCACAAUCACUCACUGCCUCUAAUAGAAUACCUCCAGUCUUAAAAUGAAUUGCUUUAAUUUGAAAAGCAGUUUAUAUUAAAAUGAAGUACAGCAUUUCAAAUGUGCUCUGUAUAGAUAUACAUACAAUAUUCUGAGUUUAUGUGUAUGUUGCUAUGAUCCAGUAGCUUGUACAGUAUAUCUCCCCUGUACACUGUAAGUUCUUUUAAGCAGGCCCUUCUUUACCCUUUAUCUCAUGUCUGCGCCUCCUUUUGUCAACCUCGUCUGUACUAUGUUCUAUGUGCAGUUGUAUCUAUGUGAUCUAUCAGUGGCCACUACUGCAGAAUUUAAUGUCACAUUACAAAUAAAUGAUAAUGACAAUCUUGUAUUAAUAGAGGUCUAACUUCUGCAAAUCUUAUUUCUCCAUAUACAUUUUCUCUGAUUACUUGCUUUAUUUACCAAAUUGAUUUGUUUCCCAUGUCUUUCUCUGAUUUUUAUUGCUGUAAAUAAUGACUUUUAGAAAUUAAAAAUAUAUAUUUCUUCUUA